CGUCAUCACAAUUUUCCGAGAUAUUUCCAAGAUGGUGUCCACCGGCUUAAGAAGUUGUCUAUUUCUUGUUAUAUUUUUGUUUUCUGUUUGUGCUUUAGUGAGUUGUUCACGUAGCGAGGAAGAAUAUAAAUUAAAAGACAUUGAAUUUGAUCUCAGUCCGGGUAAAGAGCCAGCCAGAAUAUUUACAGCAGAACAAAUUGCUGAAUACGAUGGUUCCGACCCAGAUAAACCAAUCUAUAUGGGCAUCAAAGGUGUUGUUUUUGAUGUUUCAAGUGGAAAAGAUUUUUAUGGUAAAGGAGCAUCCUAUAAUUCACUGGUUGGUAUAGAUUCGACUAGAGCUGUUGCUAAAAUGUCUCUCGAUCCAGCUGAUUUAACACAUGACAUUACUGGCCUAUCCCCACAAGAGCUGAAGGCAUUAGACUCUGUGUUUGAUGGAACAUACAAGGCUAAAUAUCCGGUUGUAGGUUAUAUGGAUUAUGUAUUAGAACAACACAGGGAAAAAUUCAGGAAUGUUGUUACUGACGAAUUGUAAAUAUCUUGUUACUCUUGAUUAAAUGAAGAAGAAUAAUAAGUUGUUAGUGACGAAUUGUAAAGAUCUUGUUACUCUUGAUUAAAUGAAGAAGAAUAAUAAGAAAUUUAAUUACCAAGGACCAGAGGUGUCAAUUAAAAUAUGUAAUAUUUACCUUGUCAUCUCCUUAUGCUCACUGAAACAAGAUCCAGGAAUUGUGACCUUAUAGCAUGUAACAUAUUUGACAUAACUGCCCAGGGCUCUUAAAAAUUUUAAGUCAGAACCAUAAUCCUAGUGGUUAUUAUGAUUCCUCUUUAAUAUCGGCAAAUGCUUCAAAGCUAUUAAAAUUUUUCUUUGUUGUAAAAAAUGCUCAGUUUUAAAGGAGAAGUCUUAGUUUUCACUGGAUCUUAGUUUUCACUGGAUCUCAAAUAUAAGAGUACCGGUAUGUUAAUUUGUGCAAAUGUAAAGUACAAUUGGAGGGUCUAGAGCACAAGUGAUCUAACUACCAACCAUUUUAGUUGGUUGUUAGAUCACUUGUGCUCUAGACCCUCCAAUUGUAGACAAGAUGCUUAUUUACCUUUUUUGGAACUUUCCAAAAAAUGUAAUCCUUUUGAGAUGAUUGCAAAAAAUGUUUUAGAGCGGUUAGAAAACUCUUUUGGAGCAUUCAUCUCCAAUGUUUUAUUGAUUGUUCUGGUCACGGGGGAUUUUUUGCACCGAAAAAUAUCAUAGAUUUCCCCUUUUAGCCAAAUUAAAAUAUCUAAUCUGUUUGAAAUUUACAAGGUUAUGUCCCUUUACAUGUAACCACUGACCUGAUGUAAAAAAUUUUACCAUGAUUUCGAUUUCUGCAAAAGAAUUUUGGGCAAGGCAGUAGCAAAACAUUUUUCUCAGCAUUUAGAGCCAUCUUGGUUCCUAUUUGUACACCAUUGUAGUUUAUGAAGCAUGAAUGAAUGAGGUUUAGUCCCUAACUAGCUAACUAACUUUACUUUCAUUUGGUUAAAGUAUUACAAACUUCUUAUGAUUCUUCUCCAUCUAUUUUAUGAUCAAAUAUUUAUAUCAUUGUAUUCCAUUGCACCAUUUUUGUGUCUUUUUGUAAUAUAUAUAAAGUUAUGCACAUUUAUAUUAUAUAUAUAUAUAUAUAUAUCAGAAUAUAUAUUUUCUCAUUCAGUAUUUGAAAUAGAAAUUCACUUGUAAUUGUCUAAUUACAUUAGUUUUAUACUUUAAAAUCAUUUUGUUAGUCUCAAUAAACUUAUGCCAUUUGGAAUAGUCUGCUAUCAUUAUAAAAAAAACUUUAAUAAUACUAAUGACUAAAUAUGCAUAUGAGUUUAGACUUUAUAGUAUACAAGCCCUUUUCUAAUAAUAUGUAUUUCUCAAACAUAUAUUUAUAUUAGCCAAUGAAUUUAAGAAGUUGCAUUUUAAGAUGCUUAUACGAGAAAAUGUGGGAGCUAUGCGGACAGUAAAUGGCCUUAAUAUAUUACGGUUUUUACACUACGAAAAGAAUGAUUGUGACAAUUUUUAUGAUAGAAUAUAUUUAUAUUUAUAUGUUUUUUUUUAUCCUGUGCCAUCGGUCCUUCCUUGUGUGAAGGUAAUGUUUUCCAGGCAUAUCUCACAAAUGUAUACACAUCAAUCUAUUAUAGUUGUAUAUUAUUAGAAUUCUAGUAUUUAAUAAUUUUUAUGUUUUCAUAUCUGACUUAGUUUCUGGUAUACAAGGGCACAGGAUGUGGAUGACUGAGAUUCCUUUUUAUUAUUCAUUCAUUAGAGAGAUUGAAUUACAUAUAGAUAUAACUAAUUAAUUGAUGCAGCACUCGUUGUAGUUAAUCUAUGUAGAGAAUAGAGAUGUAUUUCCUCAACAGUUACAAUCUGAAAUAUAUUAUUUAAAUAAGAUAAAAAUAUUUUUGACAAUCUUACCUUUGCCUCCAUUAUGUAGCAUAAUUGCAAGUUUAUGAAGGGACAAGCAAUCAAGUUACCCCAAUCAGGCAAUCUGUAAUGCAUACCCUAUUUUAUUAAAGAUACAUUAUGUAAGAUUUAGAUAAAGGGCUGACCAUUCUUGCUGUAAUAGCUCAAAAAUAGAUAAUGUAAAAUGAAAUAUUGAAAAUUUCAUUCAAAAUACUCUAUUCUGAGCCAAGUUAUCACUGUUUGUAGUUUCGACAAGAUGUGUGCAUUGUGGUAACCAGCGCACUGGUAUAUGCAAGACUUAGCCUCGCUUUCACAUUUAUAAAUUAAAUUUUUAAAUGAUGAACCGUUCUAAUCUAGUUAAAAUCCCGAGUAUCCGAUGCCAUCGAGAAUUGAUUAUGGUCUUGUUUUGUUUAUAAAUGUCUAAUAGUUUAUAAAACAUUUCAGCCCUAAAGAAAGACCUGCAAUAGACAGAUUUAGCUCUUGCAUAAUGUAUAGUUAAACAUGCAUUAUGCAAGAGCAAAAUCUGCUUAUUACAAGUUUUUCUUUAGGCCUGAAAUGUUUUCUAAAUUAUCAAUUAGACAUUAAUUAACUUAUCCAGACCAUAAUAAACUCUCGAUGUCAAGGCUAGUCUUUGAUGUUGGCUGGAUUAGAUUCCUAUAUGCCGCUAACGGCUAUUGAUAAUUAAAUCAAUAAAAGUGGAUAAUCGAGACUAUGCUGUUUAUAUUAAUGAUUUUAGUAAUGAUGACCGAGACUAUGCAAAAAUUUCAUCCGCUUCUUUCUCGGCUCAUAGUGGAUCAAUUUGACUGAAAUUUUCAGCAAAUUACCUUUACACUAUCUAGUUUUUAACUAUUAUAGCGAGAACUGCCAUCUCUUUAUCUUAUCUCCCAUAAUGUAUCUUUAAUAGAGUAUUUUCAAAUAAAUUUAGAUGAAUUAAUUAUGGUCAACUACACAUAAUGUAUUUACAGUAUAUAGUACACUAUUCAUAUUGAAUUUAUUUAGAGUACAGUACAUAUGAGUUAAUUAAAUCUACUCGCAUUAAAUAUACAGUACAUAUCAGUUAAAAUACACUAUUCAUAUUGAAUACAGUUUAUAUAAGUUCAAAAAGUAAAAUGGAUUGUAAAUCCCAAUUUUUCUGCACGGAGAAAAAAAUUGUAUGUUAUAAUAUGUUGUAUAACUUGUCCUAUUUUUAUGAAAUGAGAGUACAUAUUUUUAUAUAAAAUAUCUGUGAUAAGAAAUGCCUGACCUGAAUCUUGAAUUAAUUUAAAAUGUUUUUUGAAUAAAUUUUAUUUUACUUUAAAAACAAUUUGCUGUUAAAUAAUAUUUUAAAAAAACUAAAAAAUUAAACAGUGUGAUUGGAUGAUAGCAUUCAUGAAUGAAAAUUAGAUGCCUAAGUUGUAACAUAGUUAUGUAUGUAUUCAUUGUGAAGGGAGAUUGAGAAUUAUGCCAGGGAGGCAGCAUUACUUCCCCUGUGUACCCAUCUUUCUCAUCCUCAGCCUAUGGUUUGUAGAUGGAGGAUGGGCAUUCUGAUUAAAAACACAGAUCCUA